AUGGAACUAUGCAAAAAAGAACUGACUCCCCAUUAGUGAAUUUUUUUUUUUAAUUUAAAAAUUCCCAAUUUGUAAAAAUCGAGAAGUAAAAAGUAAUUUAAUAAUUUGCAAAAUUAAUGCUUUAAUUGCUUAAAAUUAAACAGAAAUAGCUUGAGAAUUCAUUAAAAUAAUUAUAGUUAUAUAUCAAUUUUUUUUCGCUCAUGAAGGUGGGUUUUUUUGGCAAAAAAUAGGAUUUUUCGAUGGGAAGUAAGUGAAUUAAUAGCUAAUGGACAGCAGUUCUCUAGGGCUGAUCUCGCCCAUUUCGCAUAUUCGUUCAUUAAGGGACUUUCUGAAUUAAAAAAGAAGCAAAUAUAUCAUAGAGACAUUAAGCCUGAAAAUAUUAUGAUAGGCUAUGAUAAUGAAUUUAAGCUUAUUGAUUUCAAUAUCUCAGUGGUUUCUAAAAAAAAUAAAAUAAAUAAACUUAAUUUUGCAGCUGCUUAAAUUCUCAAAUUUUCUUGAAACAACUGGUUUCUGAAAGAAAUAGUGAGAUGGCUGGGAUAGGCCCACACUCUAAUAAAGGAACGCUAAAUUACUCAUCUCCAGAAAAAUUCAACUGCCCCGAAAAUCAAGAAAUGCAUGAGCAUAGUCUUGAGCUGAAUGAUGCUUACUCGUUAGGUCUUGUAAUCUUAGAAAUGUCAACCCUUGAAGUAAUUUCAAUUCAUAGAAUGAAUAAAGAGUUGUUCAUCCAAAAAAGGGAAGAACAAAUCAGACAGAUUGAAAUCCCUUGGCUCUCAAAUUUAAUUAGAGAAAUGCUAACUUAUGACUACCGCUAUCGGCCAAGAUUUGGAAGAUUGCUGGAAAUGAUCGAGCAGGAUAGAGAAUUUGUGAAUGACAGAAAUAGGGAAAGAUCAAAUUUUAUUUAA